CAGCUCGCCGUGAAAGAAGGCAUGCUGUCUCAGCGCAGCAUCUCAGACGUUGUAGCCGUGGCUAAGAAAAUAGUUGGGCACUUCAAACAUUCACAACUAGCCUGCAGUCGACUUGAAGAUGUACAGAAUGAGCUCGGGAUGCCUAUUAAAAGGCUUCAACAAGACGUGUCCAAGCAGUGGAAUUCGACUUUUUACAUGAUGCAGAGCCUGGUGGAGCAGAAGAGAGCUUUGGGUACGUAUGCUGCUGAUUUUGACCUCCCAGUGACUCUGACGGCAAACCAGUGGGGAAUUCAUGAAAAUAUGAUCACCCUACUUGCACCCUUCGAGCAACUGACCAGAGAGAUCAGUUCUGCACAGGCAUCUGUUUCAGAGGUCAUCCCAGCGGUAAUGGCAUUGAUUCGGCUGCUGAGCAAGCAAGUGAGUCAGACAGAGGUGUGCAGACAGCCAAAAGUACUCUGCUGGAAGCUGUCUGUGCUCGCUUUGAUGGUGUGCAAAGAAAAGCAUUUUUAUGCUGUUGCAACCAUGCUGGAUGCAAGAUUUAAAGAUAGUUACUUUGACAGAGAAAUGAAGGAGGGAGCGCACAACCUGUUACUAAGCGCCAUCAAUGAAAUGGGUCACAGCGUCAGAGAUGGUAGUGAGCACGGAGAUGCCAGUAGAGAUGACCUCCCACUAAAGAAGAAGGCCUGAACUGGAUCACUGUUGGACAUGUACGACGAAAUCAUCGAAGAGAGCAUUUUGCCAGAGCACGCCUCCACAAGCGAGACAGCAUCACAGGUACACAUAUACCUGGGUGAACCCACCAUUCCCAGAACUGCCAGUCCUUUGGAGUACUGGAAUUCCAACCAGGCCCGCUUCCCAGCUCUUGCCCAGGUUGCAUGCAAGUACCUCAGUGCACCCAGCUCUAGUGUUGACAGCAAACAGCUGUUCAGUGCUGUUUCACAUAUCAACCUCAUAGCUUGUGAAAAGGCAGAGAUGCUUUUUUUUGUCCAAAAAACCUGCCUCUCACACUGGACUUUUAGAUUAUUUACAUUUGCCUGUCAGUCUUUAAGUAUUUUUCUAUGGACUUUAAAAGGGCAGGAUGUGUUGUUACGGAGGACCAAAACUGUUACUAGUGUAUGUUACUUAUUUACAUUUUUGCACAUGUUAUUUGCACAUCACCUACUCUGUUAUGCAAUUUUGGAGUUGAAAUAGUGCUGUGAACACUGAACUGGACAAAGAACUGAAGCAGACAACAUUUUUUGCAGUUUUCAGUUUGUUUGCACUGAUCAGAUUUAAGAUUUGAGUUAGUCAUUUUUAAAUUGUACCAGCAUAACCAGCUUUGCUUACAGUCUAUUUUGAAUUUAAGUGAUUGUCUGUCCAGCACAUCUGGCCAUAAACUGAUCUAGAUUCACUAUCGGAGAUAUCUGUUGUUUUAUUUGUGUUUGCAGAAUACUUAUACAAUGCACUUCUCUCUAUGUUCUGUGUGGACAGAGUUUAUACACAAUCAUUUGUGUAAUAACCAAAUAUCCAUGUUUUUAGGUUAGUUUUUUUCUCAGUGAAAAGAAAAUCCAGGUUGUUCUAGGAUAAAACGCACAUUUCCUAUUUGUUUUUGUUAAAACAAUUGUCAUUA